AUGGAGACCAGUUCUCGUCGUAAAGCAUGCGAUACUUGCUUCAAGAAGAAAAUCAAGUGUGACAUGCUGAAACCAGCAUGCUCGAACUGUUUACUAUAUAAAGUGCCAUGUAGCACAACUGUAGUUCGAAGAAGAGUAGCCCCGGUUGUUCAGAGGGAAUCACGGGCAGCAAGCACCACGGUGGAUGGCGAUAGCCUUGAGGCUCGUCUUGCGCGGAUCGAGGCAAAGUUAGACAGGAUUGGCGAUCCCAACGUUGCCACCAUUGUAGAUCAAGGGUCUGGUAACACAUCAAAUCAAGCUGUGGGAUCUGCCAUUUCGUCAGUUGAUAUCUCCUCAGGGGCAUCUAGUCCGUGUCUUUUGGAACGCCACGGGGAACACUGCCUGCCGCCUCUCACUGAGAUAUUACCGGUUAUUGAGGACUACUUCCGUGAUUUCAAUACUGCCUUGCCGCUGUUUCACCAACAGCAUUUCAUGCAAAUGCUUUUGGACUUCUAUUCCGAACAGGAGCCUACUAAGAAGUCUAGGGCCGUCUGGGCUGCGAUAAACGUAGUCCUUGCCCUUGGUCUCCGCAUCCGUACGGUUGAGACAGACGAAAUCAUAGUUAGAUUCGACGAUACUAAAAUCAAACAUUGCAUCGACAAUGCCCAGAAAGAACUGGACGAGCUUGUGACCCGAGAAGAAGACACCCUUGGGAUAGAAGUUCUCUUGGGUCUGGUUUUGCUCUUCCAGACAAAUACUGACCAGAAACCAGCGUCAGUUCUGAUUAGCACUGCUGUUCGACUAGCCCACAGGCUCGGGCUUCACAUGAAAUCAACCUUAUCCCAAUAUUCACCCGAGGUUGCACGUCACAGAAGCAAUAUAUUCUGGCUCUGUUACUAUUUAGACAAAGACAUCUGCUUCCGCUCGAAUAUCCCCUCUAUCCAAUGCGAUUAUGAUUUAGACUUGGACCUACCCGAGGACAAUAGCAACUAUCUUCAAAGUAUUGAUGGGCAUUCACAACUCAACUAUCUCCGGGCCAGGGUCCAACUUGCCUACCUGCAGGGAAAGAUCUAUGACUACCUGCUCAGCAAUCGGUCGUCGAGAUUAUCGGUUGGGGCUCGCCAGGAGAGAGUUUCUCAUCUUGCCGGACUCCUAAACCAAUGGGUACUAACAAUACCAGAAUCAAUGCAGCUCGAAAAGAUAACAGAGACUGUGGCAAAGGCACCGCUCUCUCAUAUGAUACUUCUAUACCACACUUAUCUAAUGUGCUAUACGGUACUUAACGGCCUCUACUCUCUCGACUCGCCUUGGUUAAAAGCGAUCAAUGGCGUCAGCGGUUCGGUUCUUCGAAGUUUCGAUAAUCAAGCAAACGCUUGUAUGAGGCAUCAUACACCACUGCUGCCUCGUUUUUGGGAUACGUGCGUGAGAGCUAGUCGCGGAUGUUUGAAUAUACUAAAUAAUAAAUCCUAUAGUGGAUGUAACCUAUGGCUCGGUGGCUGUGCCUACUUUUCUGCAUUCAUCGUCUUGCUAGCUAAUAUAGUAUACUAUCCUUCGCACGAGCUAGUUGAUCAUGAUCGGGAACUUACCACGAUAACAAAAGAGCGUGUUGGGAGGCUACUAGACUACACCAGGUCCGAGUCUUUUAAGACUCUCCAAAUCGUCCUUACAAGCUUAGAGCAGGCCGCGAAUUACGCGGUCGAGCGGGCGAAGAGCCUCGACAGGACUUUUGUUCCUGUGCCGUCUGCCGCACAUUCCCAUUACUCAUAUGCUCCGUCGCAGUUUAGGACAUUUUCCAACGACGUAAGCCAGAACUUGAACUUGAUUGGUCAUCCCGAGGUACCAGCUCAGGAGGCCGCGUGGCCCCAAGAUUCGACUUUCGGGAUUCCAGGCAGCACGCUUGCUGGGUUCGAUUUCAGCGAUGAGCUAUCAGUGCCGGAUUUUAUGCGAGGACUCUUCUGA